UCGCCUCCCCUGCACUUUCCUCUCGCAUCGUCCGCCGCCGCCGUCGCCGUCGCAUCGUCCUCCCGGCGACUCCGAUGGCCGCCAGCAAGUGGGUCCGGCCCGAGGUGUACCCGCUGUUCGCGGCGACGGGCGUGGCCGUCGGAAUCUGCUUCUUCAGCCUCUUCCGCAACAUCACCGGCAACCCCGAAGUGAGGGUCAGCAAGGUUGGGAGGGCAGCUGGAGUGCUGGAGAACCACGAGGAGGGGAGGCGCUAUGCCGAGCACGGUCUCAGGGCCUUUGUGCAGAACAAGACCCCCGAGAUCAUGCCGGGAAUCAACAAGUUCUUCACCGACCCGAAAUGAAGCAUCCCAGUCUGGCUAUGAGUCUGGCUGGUCAAAAUGUUGUGCUUCUGUUAGUAACUGUUGUGGUCAAAUGUAAAACCCAAUUUGAGUAAUUUGGAGAUGUCAAAGUAACUCUUAUUGAAAGUAGAACCAUGAAUUGCUUGAUGGCUUUUCUAUGUAUGUGAGAUGGCUGAUGGCUUGAAAUAUGUGUUCUGUU